AUGCCCGCGUCCCACCCCACCUCCUUUUCGGGCCCUGCCGAGCGCCUGCACAAGCUCCAGUGCCGCACCAGCAACAACACCAGUAACGGUUCAGUGCCAGUUUAUGUGAUGUUGCCCCUCGAUACUGUGUCGAUGAAUGGUGGAGGAGUGAAUAGAGGAAGGGCGAUGAACGCGAGUUUGAUGGCGUUGAAGAGAGCCGGAGUUGAAGGAGUGAUGGUGGAUGUUUGGUGGGGGCUGGUGGAGAAAGAGGGGCCCAUGAAGUACAAUUGGGAGGGGUACGAGGAGCUGGUGAAGAUGGUGGAGAGGAAUGGGUUGAAGAUGCAGAUGGUUAUGAGCUUUCAUCAGUGUGGUGGCAAUGUUGGCGAUUCUUGCAGCAUACCAUUACCUUCAUGGGUCCAUGAGGAGAUGAGCCAUAACCCGGAUAUCCUGUACACAGACAGGUCAGGCAGAACAAACCCUGAAUACAUCUCUCUCGGAUGUGACAUGCUCCCUGUACUCAAAGGAAGAACUCCAAUUCAGGUCUACUCUGAUUUCAUGCGAAAUUUUCGUGAUAGGUUCAGCGAGUACCUUGGCGAUGUGAUUGUGGAAAUUCAAGUGGGAUUGGGUCCCUGUGGAGAGUUGAGAUACCCGUCUUAUCCUGAGAGCAAUGGGACUUGGAGAUUUCCCGGGAUUGGAGAAUUCCAAUGCUAUGACAAGUACAUGAAAGCAUGUCUACAAGCAUCAGCCAUCGCAGUUGGACAGAAUGAAUGGGGCAGAGGUGGACCUCAUGACUCCGGCAACUACAACCAGUUCCCCGAAGACACAGGUUUCUUCAAAAGAGAAGGAACAUGGAACACAGACUACGGAAAUUUCUUUCUCGAAUGGUACUCUAAGAACCUCUUGGAUCAUGGAGAUCGCAUAUUAUCCUCUGCUGACACUAUCUUUCAAGGCACGGGAGCCAAAUUAUCUGCAAAAGUCGCAGGAAUCCACUGGCACUAUCAUACUCGGUCUCAUGCUGCAGAACUCACAGCAGGGUACUAUAACACAAGAAAUAAAGAUGGAUAUGUCCCAAUAGCACAAAUGUUGGCAAAAUAUGGUGUUGUAUUGAAUUUUACAUGUAUGGAGAUGAAAGAUGAACAACAACCCAGGCACGCUAAUUGUGGGCCCGAGCUUUUGGUUCGUCAGGUUAAGGCAGCAACCAAAGCAGCUAGAGUUGAGUUGGCAGGAGAGAAUGCAUUGGAGAGGUACGAUGAGUCCGCAUUCUCUCAGGUCAUGUCAACGAGUAGAGCUAGUGAUACUAUCGGGUUGAGCGCAUUCACUUACUUGAGGAUGAACAAGAAGUUACUUGAUGGGGAGAACUGGAGAAAUUUCGUAGGGUUUGUGAGGAGCAUGUCUGAAAGCGGGAGGAGGGUAUCACUGCCAGAGAGUGAUUCUACACAUUCUGAUCUCGAGGUAGGUUUAUAACCAAGGGAAAGAGGAAUAGACAGGAUGAGCUCCGUCGCGAGCGCAUAAAUGUAAAUAUGCAAGCGUAUGUAUUAUGUAUAGAUCAGAUUAGGAGAAAAAGAAUAUUUGUUGCAGUUAUUUGUCCUGCUGCAAGCGAUACAAAUAAAUUGGAACAUGAGUAGCAAUAUGAUAAGAAUGAUUACUGUAGUUGUUUUUGUUGUAAAUCCUGAAAUGAAUUUGUCUCAAUUUCAGAAGGAAUGGAUAUAUUAAAUCCAACUACUUUUUGUUGUAAA